UCUCGUUAUCGACGAACGCUUGGUUUGUUGUUUUGAGUGAAGCUGUGAAAGACAAGAAGGUUGUCGCUAAUCGAUUACUACGCUAGUCUUGCAGAAAUGCGGGCGCUUGCUUAAAUUGUGCUCGGUUUGUUUUAGGGAAAAAUGAAAACUACUAAGAAAGCGAAGGCUCAGACAGAUAUGGGCGCCCGAGUAGAAGAAGCAGCUGAAGCAUCAUCAGUCACCACUGCCUCGCACGCAAGAUCAGAAGUUAACGAGGAUCUUCGAAGCUUAUUUCAAGAUGCCGGUUCGAAGCCAUUUAAAUUCUUCGAUAAUAACGAUCAGGAUAUGGAUGAUCCUCUUUCUACCCCUUCGGCUGCACUUCAUAAAUUUCCUCAGAAAUUUACGCACUUUGAAACCGUGGACGAGACACCGGUAACGGAGGAUGAAUUCAUACCAACACCACACGUGUUUUCAGUUUCCCACAGCUUUACUGGGAAUUUUUUCUUUACGGUCGAUGAUCCGCGCUUGCUGGAAGGUCGGCGGUAUCUCGCCAUGAGCGAUGAAGAAAGAGCGAGCAAUCUGGCUGAAUGGGAAAAGACGAGGCCUCAAAUGAUGGCGGAUUUCAAGAAGCAGAAAAAACAAGCUAACCGAAAGCGAACUUUUAUGGAAAGGAAACAGACGUAAACUUUUCCUCAUAAAUGAUAAAUGUCAUAAUCUGUACUGCGAUACAGCAGUAAUUACCUGUGAUGGAAUUAGUUUUGUGGCUUCAUUAAUUAUGGUAUCUUACACCGUUUACCUGCGAUUUUCCGAUAAAAACGAAUUGUUUGUUG